AUGUUGCCCCUCCUCUCCUCCCAGAGGGCAGCAGGCCUUGCCGGCGUCACCCUUAUACUUUUCCUGCUGCUCGGCUACACCACCUACUCGUCGCGCGCCGCCGAUCCCGUGCCCUUCACCUACACCUCCACCCCCGGCGGCAAGCAGUCCUCGCCCGCCGACGGCUGGGAAUUUGACACUAAACGCGACUCGAAAAACUAUGGUCUCUCGCCCGAGCAGUGCGAUGCCGCCUUCCCCAAGCUGUGGAGCGAGCUCAACCGCUCCGUCGCCCACCGCAAGAAGGUCGGCAACAUCAAGCCCGACGAUCUCGACAUUGGCUGGAAGAUUGACGGCAUCGUGAGGGCUAUGAUUUAUGACCGCCAGCUUUACAUCCUGGGCGCGCGCGGCGUCCGCAGACGCGACUAUCGCCAGCGUGCAAUCGGCGUUCUCCAGUCUAUCCAGCGUGCCAUUACGGCCUAUCCCGGCCACAUUCCCAACGUCGAGUUUUCUUUUGUCGUCGACGAUGGCGCCUACUUUGCGACCUACGGCAACGAGACGCAGGCCACGACCUGGGCCUUGACUCGCGAGCCGCAGAACGAGAACCUCUGGUUGAUGCCCGACUUUGGCUUCUACAGCUGGGAGGGUCCCGCCGGCGAGUACAACGCCCUUCUCAAGGCCAUCGAGCAGGAUGAGAUCCCAUUCGAUCAAAAGGACAAGCGCGCCAUCUGGAGAGGCGCCAAGUCGCCCGCCGGUCCGGUUGCCGUCCGCUCCGACCUUCUGAAAGUGUCCAAGGGCAAGUCCUGGGCCGACGUUGAAGAGAUCAAAUGGGGCGGCGACGAUGGCCCGAAGGGUCCCAAGAAUCUGGUUCCCAUGUCGAAGCACUGCAAGUACCUGUUCCCGGUGCACACCGAGGGCCACACCUACUCUGGCCGCCUCAAGUACCUUUUGAACUGCCACUCGCUCACCGUCAUCCACAAGCUUCACUGGGCCGAAAACUUCCACGACCUGCUGAUCCCGUCCGGCCCGGAGCAAAACUUUAUUCAGGUCGAGCGCAACUUCUCGGACAUGCAAUGGAAGAUGGAGUACUACCUCGAGCACCUCGAUGAGGCGAAACGCAUCGCCGACAAUAGCGUCAAGACCUUCCGCGACCGCUACCUCACUCCGGCCGCCCAGGCGUGCUACUGGCGCAAGCUCUUCGCCGCCUGGAGAGAAGUCAGCUUCGAGCCCGACUAUUACAUCACCGAGGCCGAUCUCGUCGAGCAGACGGAGAAGGACCUGAAGAAGGCCAAGCAGCGUGAAGAAGCCAAGGAAAAGGAAGACGCGAAGGAGCGCGAGAAGGCGAAGGAGCUCGAAAAGGCAAAGGAGCUGGAAAAGGCCAAGGAGCGCGGAAAGGCCGACGCUAACCCCAACAAGAGCGCCGAGAAGGAAAAGACGCACACGAUCCCGCGGUCGACGUCGGGCCAGCGGUUGAUUCCGCGCGGCAUGCCGUACGAGACGUUCCUGCUGCUCGAAUCGUACCCGGAGAGCCCGUGGUACAACUCGUGA